AUGUCUUUGCCAUCUUCGCCCAAAGAGACAGAUGAGAUAUCUUCACGCCAUUCUUCGAAUGUGAGGGACUCUAUGACUUCUCAAGAACAAGUCCCGCAAGAUGCGCUUACUCCCCUCGAGAGCGCAGGUGCACCUCCUUUCAAACCCACACGAAAUUUCCUCCUUGCCUUUGUUUCAAUAUGCAUCGUCACGCUUGCAGCAGCUCUGGACGCCACGAGUCUGAGUAUCGCCCUUCCAAUGAUAACAACAAAACUCAAGGGUUCGGCUAUCGAAGCUUUCUGGUCUGGAACAAGUUUCCUGUUGACGAGCGCCGUGUUUCAACCAGUCAUUGCUGGUUUGAGUCAUGUUUUUGGGAGGAAAGAACUUGUUCUAGUCUCAUCCCUCUUCUUCGCCGUCGGAUCGGUCGUCGCUGCCGUAGCAAAGGACUUUACGUAUAUGCUUGUUGGACGGUCUAUUCAGGGUAUCGGAGGAGGUGGCAUUCUCACUCUUGGCGAGAUUCUGGUUACUGAUCUUGUUCCUUUGUCUGUUCGAGGAGCAUGGUUUGGUUAUCUCGGUGCCAUGUGGGCGCUAGGGUCAGUUACCGGUCCACUCAUGGGAGGUGCCUUCGCUCAAAACGUUACUUGGAGAUGGAUUUUCUGGAUCAACCUCCCAAUCAUCGGACUCGGCUCGCUCACAAUCUUUCUAUUUUUGAAGCUAGACAAACUUCCAGGAAGCACACUCGCUAAGAUCAAGAAGUAUGACUGGUUUGGAAGUGUACUAUUCAUCGCAAGCACAGUUUCAUUUUUGAUUCCGGUGACAUGGGGGGGUAUAAUGUACGCCUGGGACUCGUGGCGAGUUUUGUUUCCCCUCCUCGUCGGUGUUGCAGGUAUCAUCCUCUUCGGCUUCUGGGAACGUCGUCUAUCCCUUGCCGCCUUUGAUAAAGACGGUGUUCCACUGGCGGGAGACAUGAUCGAACCUAUAAUUCGAGGGACAAUCUUCAACAACCGUUCCAUGAUAAUUACAUAUACUGGCACAAUCUUGCAUGGCAUCAUCCUCUGGUCUCUCCUCUACUUCCUUCCUCUCUAUUAUGAAGGGGUAAAAGGCUACACACCGAUCAUAUCAGGUGUAGCUAUGCUUCCAGAGUCUGGCUUCGUCGCUCCUAUGGCAGUGAUCGUCGGUGUCGCCUGUGCGAUCACAGGUCGAUAUCGUUGGGCUAUCUGGGUAGGAUGGCUCCUCACAACUCUUGGUUCCGGCCUGUUACUCCUUCUCAAACCAACAUCUUCCAUUCCCGCCUGGCUUUUCCUCAACAUCUUAGUCUCCAUCGGUACAGGCAUGCUUUUCCCAGCCAUGGGACUCGGAGUCCAAGCAGCUGGUCGACCUCGUGACGCGGGCCACGCCGCUGCAUUCUACUCUUUCGCACGCGUCUUCGGUCAAUCCAUCGGCGUGGCGAUUUCGGGCGUUGUUUUCCAAAACCAAAUAAAGAGCAAACUCCUCGGUUAUGCCGAUCUUGCACCGUUCGCCUCACAAUACUCUCAAGAUGCGACUGCUUUGGUUACGAUUAUCAAAGGUAUGCCGAAGGGUCCGAUGAGGUCAAACCUGAUACAGGCAUACUCGGAUAGUUUAGGGUCGGUUUGGAUUUUGAUGACGGCGCUUGCGGCCGUGGGGCUGAUUAGUAGUCUGUUUGUGCAGGGGUAUAGUCUCAAUCAGGAGAUGGAUACUUUGCAGAGGUUCAAUGGUGAUGUAAAGGUUAGUGACUCGGAGAGCGGAAAGGUCGAGAAAUAA